GCGAGGCAGAUGAAGUACAUCCUGGUCACGGGCGGGGUGAUCUCGGGCAUCGGCAAGGGGAUCAUCGCCAGCAGCAUCGGCACCAUCCUCAAGUCCUGCGGGCUGCAUGUCACCUCCAUCAAGAUCGACCCCUACAUCAACAUUGACGCCGGCACCUUCUCCCCGUACGAGCACGGGGAGGUGUUUGUGCUAGACGAUGGAGGGGAAGUGGACCUGGACCUUGGUAACUACGAGCGCUUCCUCGAUAUCCGACUCACCAAAGACAACAAUCUGACUACUGGGAAGAUCUACCAGUAUGUCAUCAACAAGGAGAGGAAGGGAGACUAUCUUGGCAAAACUGUCCAAGUUGUUCCCCACAUCACAGAUGCUAUACAAGAAUGGGUAAUGAGACAGGCACGAAUUCCUGUAGAUGAAGAUGGCAUUGAGCCCCAAGUUUGUGUGAUUGAGCUUGGUGGGACGGUAGGCGAUAUUGAAAGCAUGCCUUUCAUUGAAGCUUUCCGCCAGUUCCAGUUCAAAGCCAAAAGAGAGAAUUUUUGUAACAUUCAUGUCAGUCUAGUUCCCCAGCCAAGCUCUACAGGAGAGCAGAAGACUAAACCCACUCAAAACAGUGUUCGUGAACUCAGAGGUCUUGGUCUCUCCCCAGAUCUGAUUGUUUGCAGGUGCUCCACUCCAUUGGAUACCUCAGUAAAAGAAAAGAUUUCCAUGUUCUGUCAUGUUGAACCAGAACAGGUCAUCUGUGUUCAUGAUGUCUCUUCUAUCUACCGGGUUCCUCUGUUGUUAGAGGAGCAGGGAGUUGUUGACUACUUCAGACACAGGCUUGACCUUCCCAUUGAGAGGCAGCCCAGGAGGAUGCUUAUGAAGUGGAAGGAAAUGGCUGACAGGUAUGACCGUCUCCUUGAAACAUGUUCCAUUGCGCUUGUUGGCAAAUACACCAAGUUUUCAGAUUCCUACGCAUCUGUCAUUAAAGCACUGGAGCAUUCUGCACUGGCUAUCAACCACAAACUUGACAUUAAGUAUAUUGACUCUGCUGACUUGGAGCCAGAUACUCUGCAGGAAGAACCUGUCCGAUACCAUGAAGCAUGGCAGAAGCUGUGUGGUGCUGAUGGAGUUCUGGUUCCUGGUGGAUUUGGUGUUCGAGGGACAGAAGGCAAAAUUCAAGCUAUUUCCUGGGCAAGAAAACAGAAAAAACCCUUCUUAGGAGUUUGUUUGGGAAUGCAGUUAGCAGUUGUGGAGUUUGCACGCAGUGUUCUUGGUUGGCAAGAUGCUAACUCGACAGAAUUUGACCCCAAAACUGCUCAUCCAGUGGUCAUAGACAUGCCGGAACAUAAUCCUGGGCAAAUGGGUGGGACUAGGAAGCUGUACGGAGAUCAUGAUUUCUUGGAAGAGAGACAUAGACACAGAUUUGAGGUCAAUCCAGAACUGAAAAAGUGUUUUGAAGAGCAAGGUUUGAAGUUUGUAGGCCAGGAUGAGGAGGGAGAGCGAAUGGAAGUGGUUGAGUUGGAAGAGCAUCCUUUCUUCGUUGGUGUUCAGUAUCACCCUGAAUUCCUCUCUAGACCAAUUAAGCCAUCUCCCCCAUACUUUGGCCUCCUCUUGGCAUCUGCAGGAAGACUCACGCAUUACCUACAAAAGGGCUGCAGGCUCUCACCCAGGGACACCUACAGCGAUAGAAGUGGCAGCAGCUCGCCUGACUUGGAGAUAACAGAGCUGAAGUUUCCAUCAGUAAAUCACGACUGAUUCCUGAUGCGUCUUUGCUGAAGAGAAGAGUCUUCAUUAGAUUUUCCAGGCAUUCUUACAGCAAUAGCUUGAACACUGUCAGCUUUGGGCUUUCUUAAGUUAUGGUUUUAUAAUUUUCGUUACGAAAUCCUGCCCCUUUACUUCCUCAACUCUUCUGUCCUGCGUUUAUUUUCUGUGUAGAUUCUGUUUAUUUCUGGAGGAGAGCUCAUCACAGCACACGCACCUCUAGACUUCUUUCAGUUAGCACCAUCUUGGAGAUGAAAAGCAAAUUCGGGUAUGGGAUUUGAUGAGUUGGGGAGAAUCCAGGUGCACGCUUCCUUCCUAAUGCAUGGUAACGUCUAUAUCUUGGACACUGACAGUCGAGUUGCUUUCUCCAGCCUUUCUGCUCCCUCAGCAGUCUUUAUUACUUACUGGUGAAAUUAUGUGGAUGAACUAGAUUUUGGGGGCUCACUCAGUUCUUGAGCUGUGCUGUGCUGCAGAGGAUGGGUCUGUUCAGCUUUACGCAGUCUUUU